AUGGCAGAUGAUCAAUCUAAUAAUACCAGACCUAGUCUUCCGAAAAUAAAUGUUUAUCCAAACCAAGCUUAUAGUGGUGGAAAAAAUGGAUUACCGCGUUCAUCACAGAGUCCUCGUCCACCGUAUGCUACUUACCCACAAAGUCCGCCAUCACCUUCAAGACCGUUUGCUACAUACCCACAAUGUCCGCCCUCACCUUCGAGACCGUUUGCUACGUUUCCACAAGGUCCACCAUCGCCAAAAUUACCAUAUAAUUCGUUACAUCGUGCUCCGGUCAAUCCAUUACCACAUAAUAAUAACUUUUAUAAGUCAGGUCCACAACGAGGUCCUUCUUUUCCUGACCCGUUGCAAAGACCUUUAUACAACCAAUCUUCACAAAAUUCUCGAAAUUCAAGUAUGGUAGAUUUUGGAAAUGAUAGUACCAGAUCUUCAAACUCACAAGAUCGUGGUGUUGAGAAUAUAGAAGGUUUCGGUUAUGAAGCUGGUCUUGCUCCUUCCAAAGAACCUUCGACAAAAUAUGAUGUUUCAAUUGCAGAAAUUUUCACAGACCUUACAAAUAAAUUUGGUUUUCAAAAAGAAAAUAUGAAAAAUAUGCUUGAUCAUUUUAUGAUUAUGUUGGAUUCUCGUUCCUCAAGGAUGACACCAUCUCAAGCUUUAUUAAGUCUUCAUGCUGAUUAUAUCGGUGGAACUCAUGCGAAUUAUCGUAAAUGGUAUUUUACUGCAAAAAUGGAUGUGGAUGACGAACUUUCCUCAACGGAAAAUGAUCUACGUGAAUGGAAUCGACGAAUGAAUGCUAUGUCACAACAAGCCAGGGCGCGUCAAUUGGCCUUAUGGCUUUUGUUAUGGGGCGAAGCAGCACAAGUUCGUUUUAUGAGCGAAUGUUUAUGCUUCAUCUUUAAAUUAGCAAAUGAUUAUCUUAAUAGUCCCAAUUGUGACGAAAAUGCAUCCGUACCUGAAGGGGAAUAUCUUAAAAAUGUUAUAACACCUCUUUAUAAAUACAUUCGUGAUCAAGGUUAUGAAGUUCAAUCAGGAAAAUUUGUGAAGAAAGAAAAGGACCAUGUUGACACAAUAGGAUAUGAUGAUAUCAAUGAACUUUUUUGGUAUCCGGAAAUGAUAAAUCGCAUAGCCUUACAAGAUGGGACUAGUCUUAUAUCUUUACCUCGUGAGCAACGAUAUUUAAGCCUUGGUCAAGUGAAUUGGGAUCGUGUCUUUGUCAAAACAUACAAGGAAAAACGUACAUGGCUCCAUUUGAUAGUUAACUUUACUCGGAUAUGGAUUAUUCACGUUUCGGUCUUUUGGUAUUACGUAGCUUAUAGUGCACCACUUAUAUAUACAAGCGAAGAAGUGGAAGAGCCGGCGGUACAUAUGUCCGUUAUUGCUUUCGGAGGCGCUAUUUCGGCAUUUUUUAUGCUCUUUGCGAAUAUUUGCGAAUUCUUUUUCAUUCCAUUAACUAAAGGAAAUGUAAAAAUGUUGCUUCGACGAUUCACAUUUUUAUUCAUUAUAUUAAUCGUGAACGCUGCACCAACCUAUUACAUAGUAAUGAUGUCUCGUAGAGGUUCAACAUCCCUUAUAAUAGCAAUCGUGCAACUCAUAUUUUCAUUAAUUACCACAGUAGUAUUUGCUAUAGCUCCAAGUGCUCGAUUAUUUGGUGGACCACCAAAAGGUUCUCAAAAAUAUAUGGCACUUCACACCUUUACCUCCAAUUACGCUUCCCUAAGUAUUAGAGAUCGUGUAAUCUCAAUUGGACUUUGGUGCUGCAUCUUUGCGUCCAAAUUCGUAGAGUCAUACUUUUUUUUGAUUUUAUAUCUAAAAGAUUCACUCGAAACGAUGUUUAAAAUGAGAGUACCUGAUUGUAAUGAUAGAUUUUUUGGAAAUUACCUGUGUUCUCUCAUGCCAUUGUUAAUUACCAUAUUUUUAUUCUUCUUGGAUCUUGUGCUUUUCUUUUUGGACACGUACCUUUGGUAUGUGGUUUGGAAUACAAUUUUCUCAAUGAUAUAUGCUCUCACACUUAGGAGUUCGGUCUUUACCUCUUGGAAAAACAUCAUUUCCAUGAUACCGGAACGUAUUUACACAAAAAUCUUGGCCACAAACAAUAUGGAAGUUCAAUAUCAACCAAUAGUUCUUGUGCCGCAAAUUUGGAAUGCAAUUAUUUAUUCCAUGUAUAAUAAAAAUCUACUGUCAUUCGAAAACGUUCGAAAAUUAACUUAUACACAGGUCCUUGGGCCAAAUGGUGACGUCAUAUCGAAUCCUCCCACCCUCUUUGUAGAUUGUAAUGAUAAACAAUGUUAUCCAUCGAUGAGUGAAGCUGAUCGUCGUAUCACGUUUUUUGCGCAAAGUUUAUCGAAUUCCAUUCCGAACCCUUUACCGGUUCAAAACAUGCCAACAUUUACCGUUCUAACACCUCAUUAUUCGGAAAAGAUUCUUCUUACUCUUCGUGAAAUUAUUCGUGGAGAGGAUCAAAAUACUCUUGAUAUGGUUGGUUUCAAAAAUUCUUCACCUGAAUAUACUUUGCGUACGCGUAUAUGGGCUUCUCUUCGUACACAAACUUUAUACCGUACCAUUUCGGGAUUCAUGAAUUAUUCGGAAGCCAUCAAACUUUUAUAUAGUGUCGAAAAUCCUGACAUAUAUAAUUCAUAUGCUGAUCAUCCAGAGGAAUUUGAAAAUGAGAUGGAAUUAAUGGCCCGUCGUAAAUUUAAAUUCAUAGUUUCCAUGCAAAGGUAUAAUGAAUUUGAUAAGGAGGAACAGGAAGAAGCGGAUUUCUUAUUAAAUGUUUACCCGGAUCUUCUAAUUGCUUACAUUGAGGAAGUGCCACCAGAACAAGAAGGAGGUGAACCCACCGUCUUUUCCGUCUUAAUUGACGGCCACUGUGAAUUAUUACCAGAUGGGAAACGUAAGCCAAAAUAUCGAAUUCAACUUCCCGGUAAUCCAAUUCUCGGUGAUGGUAAAUCCGAUAAUCAAAAUCAUGCAAUCAUCUUUUAUCGUGGUGAAUAUCUUCAAUUAAUUGACGCGAAUCAAGACCAUUACCUUGAGGAAUGUAUCAAGAUUAGAAAUGUUCUUUCAGAAUUUGAACAAUAUGAUAUGUCUAAGAAACCUUAUUCACCCAGCGCUGAAAAUGUACCCAGUCCUAUUGCUAUCGUCGGGGCUCGUGAAUAUAUCUUCUCCGAGAAUUGCGGUGCCCUUGGAGAUGUUGCGGCAAGGAAAGAACAAACCUUUGGUACAUUAACUCAACGUAUCGUUGCUAAAGUAGGGGGUAGAUUACAUUAUGGUCAUCCGGAUUUCUUGAAUGGCAUUUUCAUGACAACGCGUGGUGGUAUAUCCAAAGCACAAAAAGGGUUACAUCUUAAUGAAGAUAUUUACGCUGGUAUGAAUGCGUUCAUUCGUGGUGGUCGUAUUAAACAUUCAGAAUAUAUUCAGUGUGGUAAAGGACGUGAUCUUGGUUUUAGUUCAAUUCUUAAUUUUACGACAAAGAUUGGCACCGGUAUGGGAGAGCAAAUGUUAUCAAGGGAAUAUUAUUAUAUUGGAACGCAACUCGAUUUGGAUAGAUUCUUGACCUUUUAUUACGCUCAUCCCGGUUUUCAUGUCAACAAUACGUUCAUCAUGUUAUCAAUUCAACUUUUCAUCCUUUGUAUGGUAUUCGUUGGUGCGUUGAAGGCUGGCAUAAAUGAAGAAAUCUGUGACAAUAGUCUUAAAAAAUCAGAACAAGUAGAGGGCUGUUAUGAUUUUGAUCCUCUAACUGAAUGGAUAAAACGUUCGAUCAUUUCGAUCGUCAUUGUACUCUUUGUCACUUUCUUACCAUUAUUCUUGCAGGAAUUGAUAGAAAAAAAUUUCCUGCGUAGCUUUAUUUGUCUUUGCAGGCAUUUCAUGUCAUUGUCACCAUUCUUUGAAGUCUUCACCACAAAAAUAUAUGCUAAUAGUCUUAUAACAAAUCUUCGUUUCGGUGGUGCUCGUUAUAUCGGUACCGGUCGUGGGUUCGCUACAACGCGUCUUAAAUUUUAUGUUCUCUACUCAAAUUUCGCUGGAUCAGGCAUUUACGUUGGAAUGAAGAUGGUACUGAUGUUAACUUUUGUUUCCAUUACUUCGUGGCUACCACAUUUGACCUACCUUUGGGCUUCAGUUAUAGCACUUUGUAUUUCACCAUUUUUAUUCAAUCCACAUCAAUUUGCUUUAACCGAAUUUAUAAUUGAUUAUCGGGAAUUCUUGAGGUGGAUGUCUCGUGGGAAUUCAAAAACUCAUGAUAAAUCUUGGAUUGCUUACUGUCGGUUUUCAAGGACGAUGAUUACUGGUUAUAAACGGAAACGAUUGGGACAUCCUUCCGAGGAUAAAGUUGGAGAUAUUCCACGUCCCGGUAUUAGCGUCAUCUUUAUGUCAGAAAUUCUCAUUCAAUUAGCAUCGGCAGCUCUUUGUAUUAUAGCUUUCAUGUUUGUAAAAAGUCGUGAACCAAAUGCGAAAAAGACGAGUGGUGUAAUUGUCGUAUGUGCUAUCGCAAUUGGACCCAUGUUGUUGAAUGCGGUAAUGUUGGCCGGACUUUUCAUCGUUUCCUUCUUUUUGCAACCUAUAUUUAGAUUUGAACGAUUUGGUUCCGCGAUCGCCGUCAUAGCACAUGCUUGGGCAAUCAUCAACUUGAUUGGAGCUUUUGAACUUUUAUGGAUUUUGGAAGGGAAGUUGGAGAACGCAGUUUUGGGUAUGAUUUGUUUAGCGGCCAUACAAAAUUUUGUAUUUAAAUUGAUGAUCACAAUAUUUUUGUCACGAGAAUUUAAACAUGAUGAAACAAAUCGAGCAUGGUGGACAGGAAAAUGGCUCGGGAGAGGACUUGGAAUAUCGGUCGCAACACAACCGUUCCGUGAAUAUAUAUGUAAAAUAGUUGAAAUGUCACUUUUUGCAACAGAUUUUAUAUUAGGACACGUAUUACUCUUUAUGUUGGUGCCAUUUUGUCUAAUACCACGAAUUGAUAAAAUACAUUCUACCAUGUUAUUCUGGUUAAAACCAAGCAAACAAGAAAGGCCACCAAUUUAUUCAGCAAAAGCUCAAAAACAUAGAAAUCGCAUUUUAUGGACUUAUGGAACAUUAUUUUUCUUAAUGUUACUGAUCUUUGUAGCAUUAGUAGCCUUACCUAGUAAAUUCUUAAAUAUUAAAUUACCACUUCCCUACAUUUAA